CCGUCAAAACCCGUGGAGCGGGGAGGCUUUCGGGCCGCUCUUCCUCCCCCUGGCUCGGCCCAGGGGCAGAGAGGACCCGGACGCGCUGCGUGUUUCAGUCCCGGGUUCUCACCCUCUCUGCCUCCCACGCGUCACCCUCGCCAGUCGCCGGUGAUGACACGCGCGGCGGGACCCCCCCCAGCGCGAUCGACACAGCGCCCGAAGCGCGCAGCGCCCAAAGUGCGCGCCGCCUUGUAAUUACGGCCGAGGAGAUCACUCCUCUUCCCCGCAACAGCGUCCUGUAACUGCCCUCCUCUGGUACUGCGGUGCUCUCCGACACCAGAGGCCAGCUUCGGCUCAGCCCAGCUAGCGCGCUCAUCUGUGUAAAGCAUUUGUCAGCCCAGCAGCCCAGCAGGCUGCACGCCGCUCUCCCCAGCCGCUGGCUCUCCCACACAACUCGGGAAAGAGCAGAAAUAUUUGGCUAUACACGCUGUCUGCGACCCCGCCGCACUCCGCACCUCCCCAGGCAAACCGCCCCCCCACCCCGAAAUGAAGGCAGGAGUCAUACUUACUCUAGCCCUGCUCCUCCACCUGGGCCUCGGACUCGCCCAGGAGGUAGAGAGGGGGAAGAGGAGAAGAGGAGGACAGAAGAGAGGGAGGAACAGGUCCAUGAGGCAGAAUUCGGACGUGCUGGCCCGGCUGAGGAGCGUUCCCGUGGACAACGGCGACGACGGCGUGUCCGUGUUCAUCGAGUCUUACAGGAACGUCAACGAGCUGGAGUCCAACUACAACGUCAUACCGGGAAGGAAGGGGCAGUGUCUGUACCAGGGCAUCACCAUGUUUGACAGGGCCGUCUGGUCCCCCAAGCCCUGCCUCACCUGCCUGUGCUCCGAAGGGCGGGUGGCCUGUGACGAGGUCACCUGCCCACGACUGCGCUGCCAGCAUACCGCCAUCCCACCUGGAGAGUGCUGCCCGGCCUGCAGUGACCCCGUCCCUGAUGCCCCUGAACUCUCUGGCGAUUUCUCAGAGCUCAACGACCCCAGCGAGCAGGCCCCGGCCGUCCCACACACCCAGGAGCACAUCGACCAGCUGCUGAGGAGGGAAGAGCAGGUCCACCGGGAGGAAGAGGAGCGUGCGCGCCAGCAGGACGCCGAGCGCAGGAGGAAGAGGAGGCAGAAGAAGCUGCAGGCCAAGAAGCAGAAGGAGCUCUUUGAGGAGAGGAGGCGCGAGGAGGAGGCGCUGCAGAAGAUGGAGAAGGAGGAAGAGGAGAAGAGGCGCGAGGAGCAGCGGAGGCGCGAGGAAGAGGCGGCGGCGGUGGAGAGGGCGAGGAAGCAGAGGAUGGAGGAGGAGAGGAGGCUGGAGGAGGACAGGAGGAGGAGGCUGGAGAUGGAGAGGAGGCAGCUGCUGAGGGUGCUGGAGGAGGACUGGGAAGGAGUGGGGGAGGACAUCGAGCGGGAGUGGGAGGGAGGCGAGAGAGAGUUGGAAGGAGGAGAGAGAGAGUGGGAAGCAGGAGAGAGAGGGUGGGAAGGAGGAGAGAGAGAGUGGGAAGGAGGUGAGAGAGAGUGGGAAGGAGGUGAGAGAGAGUGGGAGGGACGAGAGAGGGAGUUGGAGGGACUGGAGAGAGAGUGGGAGGAGAGAGAAGAUUAUGAGGUGGGGUCAGAGGAGGAAAUCUGGCUGAGAGGAGAUGUUUUUGAAAUGCCACGGCGGCGCACCUCCCCAGGGGAGGCCGCACCCCUCCCUGCUCCUCGGGUUGAGGAACCCAACCACCUCAACCCCUCCCUCCCCCCCGGUUGCGUCAUCUCCGACGUCACAGUAACCUGCAAGAACGCCCACUUCACCAACAUCCCACCGCUGUCCAUCCCCCAACUCAAGGCUCUGAGCCUAGAAGGGAAUGAUAUCACCACGGUUCCAGAAGGGGCCUUCAACGGCCUCCCCAACUUGGAGUGGAUCAACCUCAGCAAGAACAAACUCACUUCAUCCGGCAUCCACCCGCAAGUGUUCAAAGGUCUGAAGUUCCUGACACGCCUGUACAUGGAUGGAAACCUCCUGGAGUUCAUUCCCUCAGAGCUGCCCCCCAGCUUACAGGAGCUGAAGAUCAAUGAAAACAACCUUCGAGGCAUUAAUGAGAACAGCAUGCAAAAUCUGAAGAACCUCAUCACAUUGGAGUUGGAAGGGAAUAUGCUGAGUGAGGGAAACGUGGCUCCCUCAGCCUUCCUGCCCCUCGCGCAGCUGUCCUACCUGCGACUGGGAAGAAACCACUUCCGCACCAUUCCACAGGGCCUCCCCGCAUCUCUGCAGGAACUCCAUCUUGAAAACAAUGUCAUUGAAGAAAUAUCAGAAACUGUCUUCAAUCACUCAAGAAACCUGAAUAUUGUUGUCCUAAGGCACAAUCGGCUAGAUGAGACUAGGAUUGCUCCUUUGGCCUGGAUCAAUCACAAGCACCUGGAGUCCAUAGACCUCUCACACAACAAGCUUUACCACGUUCCAUCGUUCCUGCCAAGAUCCCUGGUCCACCUGGUUCUUGUUGGCAACCAAAUAGAGAGGAUUCCAGGCUACGUGUUUGCCCACAUGGAUCCUGGCAUCGAGUACCUGUACCUCUCCUUCAACAAGUUGGACAGCGAAGGGGUGGACCCGGUGUCCUUUUUUGGGUCCUUCCGCUCCUUGUCAGAGCUGUUUCUAGACCACAACCAGCUCACCACCGUGCCGCUCUCCAUCAGAGAGAUGAAGUCUCUGAGAUUCCUUAGGCUCAAUGACAACAACAUAGGGAGCAUUGCAGAAGAUGCGUUCUGCGACCCUUCGAGUGAAGAAGACUCGAGCCUUAUGACACUGCGUCUGGAGAACAACGUCAUCGACACCAGGAAAAUUUCACCCACUGCCUUCUCCUGCAUACACUCUUACUUGAGCAUCGUUUUGAAACCUCAGAAGACCAAUUAGCGCCUUUAUUUCGCUCUGUUCUUACCGCAGGCCGAUGAAAACAAAAAUAAGCCUGUUCCCCCUAAGCAGGCGACCACUACAUCCAAGAAAAACCAGAACAAAGCCAUUCUGAUUUUCUCAUGUUGAGUUGGCUAUAAAAUAAGAAUGUACCAGACUAUUUUAUAAGAUUAAUUUGUGUAUUAACUCCCUCUGAUUAUGACAGGCUUCUAUGGCUCCCAUUUUUCUUCAUCAAAACCUUUAUAUAAAAGGACAUAAGUUAAUUUGCAUAUGAACCUUUGACAAAAUGUUCUCCAUUAUGACACUUCGUAGUUAUGUAUUUAAUAAUCUGAGAGAUAAAUCUUAUAGUAAGAUCAUUUUUCCCUAUUUUUGCACUAUGGAGAGCCAUUUAUUUGAAAUACAUCUCCAAAUACAUUCUCAUUCUUCAAACAUUGUUGGUCAUAUAUUAGCUUAUACUGUUCACAUUUUUAAUCAGAAGCACAGAGAACAUGAACCAGGAAUCUGGAUUUCUUCCUAGAGCGAGUAACAUGCCCACAGUUGCUUUUAUUACACGACUCAUAUUCAGAUGAUUCCUUACAGGGAAAAGAUGGGGCCACUUUGUUAGGAGAAAAAUGGAGAAGGGUCUCGUUAUGCAUGUUUGUUUACAGAACACUACUGAAAUUUGGGUUUAAACAGUACUGAUUUUGGUCACUAGUUAAAUGUGCAACUGAUACGUAGAUUAAAGUACCUUUGCAUAGGUUAUCGCAGUACUUAACAGCACAACAUCAACAGACAAACCAAGGAAAUGUAACUUUCCGUGGCCUAACUGGUAUUACUUAUUGGUAUUAAAAAUGAGAGUGGUAUUGAGCUUGUUUUGACAUAUUAAUGGUAGUAGUGAAGAAGAUGGGACAGCAUUCACCGCAAGUUUUCUGGGUAAUAAUUACCUAUUUCAAAUGACUCUGCCUCCAAGCCAUACCCAUUGUAAAUCAACCUAAAUUCAAAUGCAAGUGCAAAUGUAGAUGCAAGUGCAAAUAUGCUACAAUCAUCAAUAUUUGUAUUUUCACAAAUGUUAUUUUUGUUACAACUGACACUUGUUAAACUAUGUGUUGUUGAUGUCUGUAUUUCUUUACUAUGCAUAUUUUGCUGCCACAUAUUACGAGUGGGGAUAACCCUUUUGUACUGCAAUGUCACAUAUGUAUUUUAAAAACAAACAAAUGUACGGGAUAGCUACCAUAGUUUAAUUAUUCAAACCGUACUGAUGUCAAAGUCUGAACUAAACAACCAAAUAAAAAAGAAUUAAACCAA